AUGGGGGAGGGUCAGUGCGAGAGGGAAGGUGUGCCGGGAAAAGGUGUCCCCGAAGGGGUAGCCACGGAGGAAGUGCGCACCCACCCCGGGCAACUUCCCGACGACAAGGUGGACGAAAUUCUGGGCGAAGUGAGCGACGAUGAAGGUGUUGGGAGGGAAGAAGGUUGCGAGAGUCGUCCCUCUCCGGAGGGAGACUACUUCUACAUCAACGAUGCCAUCAAGCACAACUACCCCCUGGAGUACGAAGAAAAUAAAAUAUAUCCAAAGGUAUACUGUUACGAGCCAACGAAUUUUGAGAAUUUCAAAAAAAAAAUAAAAAACAAAAACGAACUGAGGCACUAUGAAUGCUAUUCUUCUACCAUGAAUGAAUUCUUCUACAAAUACAACGACAACUACUACGACGAUAUUCUAAAAAAUGAAAGUUUCAAGAAAUUUGCUUUCGAGUUAUGGUCCAAGAGGAAGGAAAUCAAGAAUGAAACGGAGUACCACAAUAUGUGUAUCCAGUUAAGGAAAAAAUAUAAAGUAUGUCCUUCAAAACAUCAGAUUAGUGUGGCUUUGCAACAUCAUUAUUUGCAGGCAGCUCGUAACUCCAAAGGGGGAAAGGACUGUACAUCCUCCCAUGUGGACGAACCCCUCAAUGUUGCCUCCACUUCACACACGUCUGACGUGUCGAACCAAUCGAAUCAGUCCAAUGUGGGUGGAGAUGCCACCACGAACGAGGAGGAGGGAGGAAACACCACUAGUGGAGGACAAGAUGGUGAUCAGAUGGACUUCCUGCAAGGGAAGAUACUCUCCGGGGAAGGGCUACCAGAAUGGAAUGCCCAUCAGGGGUGUGAAAAGAUGGACGAGGAGAGGGAGAAGAAGCCAACCAACGUAGUGACCACCACUGAGGAGGAGGAGGAGGACAAAAUAGAGGUGAACAAGAAAGGUAAAGACGUAAAGUUCGUCUUAGAAACUGUUACUAAUAUGAUUGUCACGACAGAAAUGAAAAAUUACAAGGACCUAGAUAAAGACAGUGUCCAUUUUUUGCAAAUAAAUAAAAGAAAAGGUGUACGAUCCAACAGCGGUGUGUUAGUCGUAACCAUCAUUACACACCCCCACAAGUUCAGCUGCAAGUACGAUUGUUACUACUGUCCGAAUGAACCAAAUCAGCCCAGAUCUUACCUGUCAACUGAACCUGCAAUUCUGAGAGCGAACCAGAACAACUUUGAUGUGAUAUGUCAAUUUUUCAAUCGAACCACCACACUAGUUAAUAAUGGACAUGUGGCUGACAAGAUUGAAGUACUCGUCUUGGGAGGCACAUGGAGUUCUUAUGAUGUCGAAUACCAGAGAGAGUUCAUAAGAGAUGUGUACUACGCGGCAAAUAUAUACCCCCUUUUAAAAAAUAGAAGAAAAAAAUUUAGCCUAGAGAAAGAGCAAGAAAUUAACGAAACAAGCAACUGUCGUAUUAUAGGGCUAACGUUGGAGACAAGACCUGACCAGAUAAAUAAGGAGGAGCUCAUUCGAUUACGAUCGUAUGGAUGUACGAGAGUGCAGUUAGGUAUACAACAUACGGAUGAUUUUAUUUUAAAAAAAGUCAAUCGUCAAUGUACUCUCCAGGAUGCCAUCAGAGCUAUUUAUCUACUUAAGGAAAAUGGGUUCAAGGUUGAUAUCCACCUGAUGCCAGACUUGCCCUACUCAGAUGUGAAGAAAGACAUUGAAAUGUUUAAGCACGUAUUGAGCUCUCCUAAUUUACAAGCUGACCAGUGGAAAAUAUACCCUUGCGAAAUUACUCCUUUUACCAGGAUUGAGAAAUGGUACAACAACAACGAGUUUAAGCCGUACUUCGAAACGGACAAAAAUCUACUCAUCUGUUUAAUCUUUCUUGUGAAGAAGUCUAUCCACCCAUGGAUCCGCCUGAACAGAGUCAUACGGGAUAUUCCCAACCCAUCUAUCAUUGCGGGAAAUAACAUAACCAACAUGAGGCAACUGAUCGCCAACGAAAUGAACAUUCGGUCGAUUUUCUGCCAGUGCAUUAGAUGUAAGGAAGUCAAGAACCAAGAAAUUGAAAAGAAAGAAGGCUCCAUUUUUUUGCAAAUAUAUCAGUAUCAGACUCUAGGCGGGGAGGAAUUUUUUCUCACCUUUCAGGGGGUGAAGAAGGUUCGAAAGGGAGCCCCAAAUGGAGCAAAGAAGAAGAAAGGCAAGAAGAAGGAGGAGCAACAUCGGACGGAGAGAAAUGUGAAUAGCGGACCAGCUGAUGAAAACUCCUCCAGGAGUGAGCAUCCCACCCAGGUAUCCGCUGCGCCACCGAAAGGUGAGGGAGUCGACGAAAAUUUUAUAGGUCUUUCCUCUGUCAAUUUAUUUGCCGAUGGGGGCUACGAGGAUGGAAAUAUCCAACCGCAAAGCGGGGGGGAGAAUAUCGAGGUAGACAUGGCCAAGGGGGUGGCCACAACCAACAGGGCGAGCACAACGAACAGGGUGACCACAACGGACGGGAUGACAACAUCCAACGAGGUGAACGCGGCCAAUCGCUUAACCUCACUGCAUACACGAGACGACAAAAACGAGCAGGCCUUGCUUGGCUUCCUGCGUCUCCGUCUGCGCAAUCAAAACGAUUACUGUGACGAUAGACCCUUUAAGUGCCUAGAAGGUUCAGCCCUCAUAAGAGAGCUGCACGUGUACGGGUCGUUAUUAAAACAUGACGAUUUUAAGGAAGAUCUCAACUUUGUUCAACAUAAGGGAUUGGGCAAAUGCUUAGUCCUCGUUGCAGAAUUGAUUGCCUACCAUUAUGGAUAUAGAAAGGUGAGUAUAAUUGCAGGGGUAGGUACAAGGGAGUAUUAUAAGAAGUUAGGGUAUGAAAAGGAAGAAACGUACGUGACGAAGGAACUGAAAAAAGAGUGUCUAUAUCAGCAGUAUUUGUUGAAUGCCGACCGAAUUGGUAAACAGAUAUUCAUUCACAAGUACAAUUUGGAACAUUGCCUGUACUUAAUGCAUAGGAGCAUACCCACCCCGUCUCGUUACAAGAGAAGCGAAAUUGAGGAAGAUAUGAAUACAUUUAUUAGCGAAAAUAUUAUCACCCUUGGAUCAGACCAAUACCUACACUGUCAGCAGGAGUGCAGCGAAGUGUGUCUUAUAAAUAUUGUGCCAGAUUUAUUGGUGGAAGGGCGAGAGAAGCACACCAUACUGACCAAGCAGAAUAAACAGACGAAGAAUAUUUCUGUACGUGAUAUCCUCAGUCAAUGGACAGGGAAAAUCCUGCACUCAUACGGAACCAAGAGCUGGAUCCGUAACGCCUAUUUUUUGUUUUUUUUUAGUACCACUAUGUUUGUUGGUGUUUCCCUUUGGGGGCGCCGUCGAAUGGGACAUCUCUGA